AUGGAAGUCGAACCUCCGCGCGAAGACAUCGAAAAGAAGAAAAGGCGUUCGCUGCGUGGUCGCAGAUCUAGCAUUAUGAUGACAGCGGUUGAAGAUCAAGCUACCCUGGAAGUCACGAUCACCGGAAAAGCAAUGGAUACGACCGACGAGUGGUUCCUGAAGACCAAGAAAACCGCCGAAUAUAUUAAGAAUUACGCCAAAGAAGUGGACCAUGAAAAUGAAAAUUGGGAGGGCCAUCUAUUUCACGUGGAGAAUCAGCUACAGAAUGAUAAAAGAAUGAUUCAAGAGCAAACGCCGCUCGGGGAAGAUGGGUGUGAUGACAACCGCUCAGAACGGGCGGCUCGUAACGAACUCUUAAAAAUCUUGACGCUAAUGAGGAGCCGCGACGAUUCGGGAGUGCUGACCCAAAGAGCCCGACGAUUAGAAGUGGAAGCUGCUAAAUUGAAGGAGGAGACUGAGCAGCAACGGGAGAAGAUCAAUGCGCUGCAAGAACUGCUGGCCAAGCAGUCGAGCUCUUCGAUUGAGUCCGAGAUUGACUAUUGGAAGAAGUUGUCGGUCUGGGCGAAGAGGAAGGAAAAGGAACUUCACGAACUUUCUGAGAUGCUCUUUGUCGAA